GCCUCGAGUCUUCCUGAGGGCGGGAGGGGCGUGCCUUAGGUGUCACGGGGCGGAGGUAAUUUGGGUGUCGGUUUCUGAGUUUUAUGCUAAUCCUUGCCCGCCGCCCUGGCCGGUGUGGAGGUUUGGCGACACGGAAACGUUAGGCCCCGAGGGAAACAAAACUCCAGCGUGGGUUUCAAAGAUGGUCGCCCUUCCAUUGGAGCAAAGGGUCGUAGGCGUCUGCUGGACGCCUACGGGACGGAGUUUCCUUCUUGGGGGACACUACUUUUCCUGUCAGCGUUUUCCUCGUGUGUGACAGCUUUAUAGGUCAUGGAAAACACCCAGGUGAUUGACUGGGAUGCUGAAAAAGAGGAAGAGACAGAACUAUCCAGUGGAUCCUUGGGGUAUAGUGUGGAACCUAUAGGGCGGCUACGUCUCUUCAGUGGUACUCAUGGACCAGAAAGAGAUUUCCCACUCUACCUUGGCAAGAAUGUAGUUGGUCGGAGCCCAGACUGCUCUGUGGCCCUGCCUUUUCCAUCCAUCUCCAAACAGCAUGCAGUAAUUGAAAUCUCAGCUUGGAACAAAGCCCCUGUCCUCCAGGAUUGUGGGAGCCUCAAUGGCACUCAAAUCGUAAAGCCUCCUAGGGUCCUACCUCCUGGAGUGAGCCAUCGUCUGAGGGACCAGGAAUUAAUUCUGUUUGCAGACUUUCCCUGCCAAUACCAUCGCCUGGAUGUCCCACCACCCUUGGUCCCUCGGAGUCUUCUAACUAUAGAGAAGACCCCCAGAAUACGGGUAGGAUCCCAGAAUUCCAGAGUUUUGUUGGCUGAGGAUUCAGAGGAAGAAGGGGAUUUUCCUUCUGGAAGGUGUGUGACAAAUGGAUCAAGGAAUACAGCAUCCCCUUCAGCAACAGUAGUUCCAGAAAGUGAUGAAGAGGUCUCUUCUCCGGCCCCAAGUGUCCCUGGGCCAUCUUCGCCCUUUGGUUUGGGCAGUGACACAGAUGAAGAACAAGGUCAGCAACCAGUAGAAGAGGAGUCCUCUUUAGCUGACAGCAAUGGUGCCGCAGGGGAGGCUGAGCAGCCUGAAGCUAAAGGAAUGACUGCUGGCAUACAGGCUCAGCCUACUGAACAAAAGUUGGAGGACACAAAAGUCAAGAAGGAGGCAGGCAGUGCAGGGGUUCUGGAUGGGUCAGUUCUGGAGAGGAGCCCCACUCUUGGGGAGGACGGUGACACAGAAGUGGAUGAAGAACAACAACCCUCUGGUUUUGUGGACAGUGAUACAGAUGUGGAAGAAGAGAGGAUCCCUGUGACUCCCCCUGUAGUUCCUAUGAAGAAGAACCAAGUGCUACUUGGAGUUGGUAUAGAGGAUCCUGGAGCACCUGGUGUGGCACAUCUGCAAGAUAGCCCAGCUGGUAGUGACACAAAUGUGGAGGAGGACAAGAUUGCACUGGCUGUCCCUCUAGAGAGAAACCACACACCCAUGGUGCUCAACAGUGAUACAGACGAGGAGGAGGAGGAGGUCUCAGCAGCACUUACCUUGGCCCAUCUGAAAGAGAGAGGAAUUGCUUUGUGGCGUAAAGACCCAGGCACAGAAGAGGUCAAGUCCCAACCACAGGUCCUUGUAGAACGAAGCCAGAGUGCCUCUGGGAGAGACAGUGACACAGAUGUGGAGGAGGGAUCCUCAGCGGGAAAGAGAGGGAUUGUCCCUGACAGCCCCAUGGAUGUAGAUGAGGCUCUUACUGUCACACAGCCAGAGAGCCAGCCUCCCAGUAGGCCUAAUGAUGUAGAUGAGGACAUGGAUAUGAGCUCCCCUGGCAGCCAUCUAGCGGUAAAUCAGGCCUCCUCUGCUGUGGUAAAGAAUGGAGCACAAGUGGAGGAGGAAGUCCCAGGGCCAUCUGUUACCCUGGGGGAGAAGCACCAGGUGCCUCUAGAGGGAGCCCAGCCUUCUGAGGAAGCUUGGGAAACAGCUGCACAGGAAGACUCAUCCUUACCAGUGGCAGCCUUAAGAACGAGCCAGCAGCCAAUAGCAGAAGAUGCCAGGACAGAGUGUGCUGCAGCCAUUUCUGAGCAGGAAAGUGCUCUUGAGGGGGGUGCCCAAAGCAGGUCACCUGCAGCACCAGUGGAGCAAGUGGUAAUAUACACAGAAACUUCAGGGAAUCUCACCCUGCCACAGAGAGAGGGAGCCCAAACCUCCACAGGAAGGGAGAGAGAAGCACAAGUGGGCGGGACCAAGAGUGCCAAAGAGUGCUGUGACGAACCUGAAGAUCUGUGCCUUCCAGCUACCCAGUGCUUUGUGGAAGGGGAGAGCCAGCACCCAGAUGCUGUCCAGAGUCUGGAAGAUGAGCCUACCCAAGUCUUCCCAUGCAUUCUUCCACAAAAGCCUGGACCUUCCCAUCACAGCCUUCCGACUCCAGGUGCAGAUACCUUGGAUGUGCCUUGGGAAGUCUUGGCUACACAGCCAUUCUGUCUAAAAGAACAGACAGAGACUUCUGAGCCCCAGCUCAUUGACAUCCACCUUGAAGCUCAUGGAUCUCAACUGUCUCUACCUAGGGAACCAGGAGGACACCAACAUCUGGUUCAUACCAGCCCAGUUCACACAGAGCUGUUGAGAAUUGAAGGCAGAGAGAUACAGACUGUGGAGAAAGCCAUGGGUAUACCAAAGGAAUUGGCAGACAGGAUGACCCCUGAGAGAGAGCCAUUGGAGAGGGAAAUCAGGGGAAGAACAGCAAACAGUGAGAGAGAAGACGUGACAGGGGAAGAGCUAACUCAGGGGACAGAGGACAGAGAACCAAAAAAGAUGUUAGCUAGAGACAGUCAGAGAAAAGAGGCUGACGAGGAUCCUGAAGGGAAUAGGGAGAGUUUGGAGGUAGAAAUGAAGAUGUCCAAAGACUCACAGGAGAGAGAGAGAAGAGUGGAGAAACCAGAACCAGAGAAAGAACAGGAGGCAGCUGGUUUAGAAGUGACCCCUGAUGGAGGGGUGGCACAGGAAGGGAGCCGUGAUGAGAAAGGGCAAAUUGCUAGUCUAACACUAAAGCCUGGAGUUGGGGUGAAGGACCUUGAGGGACUUGCAUCAGCCCCAGUAAUCUCUGGGAGCCAGGGAGAUGGAGGAAAGGGAGACCCUUUGAGCCCUGGGAGGCAGCAGAGAGGCCGCUUGAGUUGCCAGAUGACACCUGCUGGAAAGGCUUCCCAGGGUGAUCCCGGGCCUCCAGACCUUCACCUGUUUUCUCCAGUGCCUGAAGCAUCAGCUCAGAGUCUCCUCACCGCUCAGAGCCAAAAGCAGUCUAACCCUCAGCCUCUGUUUUCAACCUCUUCUGAGAGUCUUCACACAAAGCCUAGUGUCAGGCCACGGCGGUCCUCCAGGAUGACCUCCUCCCCACAUUCCUCUGCUGCCCUUAAGCCUUAUACCACUUGCCCCACAAACCAGCCUACUGCCUCUAGACCAAUAUCUCGAUCCACUCGGGGAAGGGCAAAUAGGUCCUCUACCAGGACCCCAGAACUGAUUGUCCCUACAGACUCUGAGCUCCAGCCUUCCACCUCCACAGAACAGCCUGUCAUCCCAAAACUUACAUCUCAGGUCACUGAGGGCAGGGCACAUACCUCUGUUGAGAUGCCUGAACCAGUUCUCACAGGUCCUGAAAUCCAGUCUCCCACCUCCACAGAACAGUCUGUCACCCCAUACCUCAAGCCUCGGGCCACUCGGGGCAGACCAAGUAGGUCUUCCAACAAGACCCUAGGACCACUUAUUUCUACUGGCCCUGAACUCCAACCACCCACCUCCAUAGAACAACCUGUCAUACCUAAACCCACUUCUCGGGUCACAAGGGGCAAGCCACGUAAAUCUUCUGUCAAGACCCCAGAAUCAGUUGUCCCCACUGGCUCUGAACUGCAGCCUCUCACUUCCAUAGAACAGCCUGUUAUCCCUAAACCUAGGGCCACUCGAGGUAGAUCAAGUAAAUCAUCUAUCGAGACCCCAGAACCAGUUGUCCCCACUGGUCCUGAACUGCAGCUUCUUACCUCUGCAGAACAGCCUAUCGCUCCCAACCUCACAUCUCAGGCCUCUCGGGGUAGGUCAAGUAAGUCCAUCAGGACCCCGGAACUAGUCCAAAGUGGCCCAGAAUUCCAUCAGUCCACCUCCACAGAACAGCCUGAUACCCCUGGGCCCUCAUCUCAGGGCAGGAGACGUAGGUCGUCUGUCAGGACUCCUGAAGCAAGUGUCCCCACAACCCCUGAACUCCAGCCUUUCACUUCCAAAAAACAACCUACCCCCAAGCCCACAGCUCCAGUCAGUCGGGGAAGGACAUAUAAACCCUCCACUGAAGAUUCUGAAUCAGUUGGGCCAAUGGCCCCUGAUUUUGAGCCUCCCACCUCUACAGACCAUCUUGUCACCCCUAAGGUCACAGGUCAGAGCUCAACACUACAGUCUUCACCCCUAAAUGCUUCCCCCAUUUCCACUACCCCUGAACUUAAGCCUCCUGUCCCCACAGCCCAGCCUGUUACCCUGGAGCCCAUUCCACAAACCAAUCACCAAAGGAGACGGAGGGCUACUGGGAAGCAGGGUUCCCACACAGUUCCCAUUGGUCAUAAGUCUUACUCUGCCCCCUCUGAACCUGAGCCCCAAUCUUCAGCCAGCCAAAGCUCAGGGGCGUCAGAAGCAGGUGAGUCAAUUACAACCACUCCCGAGCCUGCCAUUCCCCUGAUGCAUAACGAAGCAGCUGGGAGAUCAGGGCCCAUUCCUAAGCCCCAGCCUAAGUCUUCUCAAAUCCGAAAGAAGCAUUCUACUACCACAGAUCCACCCCGUCAGAAACGUCCCCGAAGACAAGUCCCGCAGAAAACCAUAGUUGUCAAGGUAGAAGAUCCUGCAGAAACACAAGUGAAGGAAGAGCCUCAGGAGAUUGCAAUUUCAACACCAGGCAAGAGAAAGAGGGACCAUGCAGAAGAAGAAACCCAGGGAAACCCAACUCGAAGCCGGCGAACUAAACCUAAUCAAGAAGCAGUAACCCCCAAGGUACUGUUCACAGGAGUCAUGGAUUCUCGUGGAGAGCGUGCAGUGCUAGCUCUGGGAGGUAGUCUGGCCAGCUCAGUAAAUGAGGCCUCCCACUUGGUUACUGAUCGCAUCCGCAGGACAGUCAAGUUCUUGUGUGCCCUGGGGAAGGGAAUUCCCAUCCUGUCCCUGAACUGGCUGUAUCAGUCCCGAAAGGCUGGUUGCUUCUUGCCGCCUGAUGACUACUUAGUGACUGAUCCUGAACAAGAGAAGAACUUUAGCUUCAGCCUUCGGGAUUCCCUUAGCCGUGCUCAGGAACAAAGACUACUGGAGGACUAUGAGAUUCAUGUGACCCCUGGAGUGCAGCCACCCCCACCUCAGAUGGGAGAGAUCAUCACUUGCUGUGGAGGCACUUUCCUGCCCAGCAUGCCCCAUUCCUACAAGCUUCACCGAGUUAUCAUAACUUGCACUGAAGACCUACCUCUCUGUGCUAUUCCAUCUCGCCUGGGGCUCCCCCUCCUUUCUCCUGAGUUCAUCCUGACUGGAGUGCUAAAGCAGGAAGCCACACCAGAGGCCUUUGUCCUCUCCAAUUUGGAAAUGUUGUCUACCUAAAAAAAUAUGUACCUCUACGCUCUCAGACCAGCAACGAGUCCUAGGAAACACUCGAAAAAAGGAAAAGGAACACACACACAGUUAAGACGGGCAAGGUAGUUCACACCUUUAAUCUCAGCACUUGGGAAGCAGAAGUAAUCAUAUUUUUAUAGGUUCUGGGCCAGCCAGAGGUACAUAAUGAGACUCCAUCUCAAAAACCAAGUCAAAACAACCAACCUCAGGGUCUCACAAAGGCCUAGGUUAUAUUGUUAACUCUUUGGGAAUGUGAAUAAGACCUAAAAAGUUUUAGGAAAAAAAGGGAACUUUUUUCAUAAGAUAACCAUUUUUUAGUUGGCUCACACUAAAGCUGGGGUGUAGCUCUGUACAGAGCACCUGCCAUCAGCCCAGCUGUGCUCUGCAGUCUGCAGUGGCUCUGAUGAAGCUGUUCCAGGCUCAGCACCCUGAGUCUACCCCUGUUUGGAAGCCAGCAGUUCCCCUUUUCUUCCCAGGUUUCUACUCAACAGGAACCAGCUGCCUGACUGAGAAGAUGAGGGUGGCUCAUGGGUGUGGUUAGGAAGGGCUUUAGUUUUGCUGCACUUACUGUUUUGCAGUGUUUGCAGUUAGCUUUGGUCAUCUCCAGUAGGUCAGUGCUCACUCUGCCUUCUUGGUAGCAAGUUUGUGUGGAGACACAAGAAGGAUUUGAACUUGCACUUCAUUUAUUAUUAUUGAUUUAGAGUAAAUUGUAUUUGUUUUUUAAAGUUGGCCACUUUCCAGGAUGUGGAGAAAGCAGAACUCGUGAAUACUGCUAGUGUUUGGCUUGUCCUCUGCAUAAACAGUACAAGAGUUUCUGUAAAGUGCAGAGCUAGGCAUGGGCAUUCGUGUAGUCCCAGUCCUUAGAAGGCUGAAGUAGGAAUGUCACAAGGUCCAGUUCAGCCUGGGCUACAGAAUGAAAGCCUGUCUUGAAGGAGUCUGGGCAUGGUGGUGCAUCCCUUUAAUCCCAGCAGUUGGGAGGCAGACACAGGCAGAUCUCUGAGUUCAAGGCCAGCCUGGUCUACAGAGUGAGUUCUAGAACAGCCACAGGGCUGUUAACAGGGCUGUUAACAGAGUAAACCCUGUAUCGAAAGAGAAGGGGAAAAGAAAUUUUUUUUUGGUUUGUUUUUUUGCAAUUUUCUCUGGUCAUCUCUAAGGUAAGUCAGUACUCAUCGCACCUGCCUGAUUACCGUAUGACCCACCAAUACUGUCCUGUCUCCAUUUGGAAGUUCUGGAGGAAAAGAAAACUUUUAAACAUGCAUUUGAUAUGUAACCCCAGUAAAGGCAAGUGGGAUCGGAAGUUCAAGGUCAGUUUAAACUACAAAAGAUUCAAAAAUGAAAAGCACUUGAUUAAUGUUCUUUUUGGUUGGGCUGGGGCUUGAACCUGAUGCUUCCUUUAUGCAUGCUAGGCACUAUCACUAAACCUCAUUCCCAGCCCCUCACUUCUUUCCAAAUACAGAACUGUAGAUGCUUGUUCAGCAAGGACGAACAUAUAAAUAUGCUAUCUGCACAGAAAGAAAUGUUCAGAUAUGGAAUGAAAACACAGGAUUUGAGGGUGUUUGGUCAAAGACACCCUAACUAAAAGAGUGAUACACAGGGACAGGCUUGAUUCCACCUGCAUAAUAUAUAAUGUGUGAAUUCACAAAGAGCAAAUUGAUGUUUGCCAGACCGAGUACACAGAAGCUGGUCAAGGGGUCUAGCAUCCCAAUGGGGAGUUGAAAGCUUGGAGUCAGAAAGAGGAAGUGAUUGUACAUAGUGCAGAAUAUUAAAUACUGUAUAAAAGGGGUUUUUUGCAGAAUAUUAAAUACUACUGUAUAAAAGGA